CAGCUAGCUAAAAAGUGUGGAAGCAGCGCUCGUUCGUUCGUGUGGUGCCUCUGCCUGUGGAGUAUCAGCGACAAAAUUCAGAGCAGCAGUAGAAGCGCCAGAGCAAGCAAAGCAAAAAGCGUACAAAACCGUACAGCAGCGCCCAUCAUCAGCCAGCAGUAGAAGCAGGAGAAGUGUGUGUUGUUCGCCUCGUCAAACAGCCGCCAUUUUGACUUGUUCGCGAUUUGGUUGGUAGAAAGGUUUUUUCGCUUCGCAAUCGGAGCGACAUUAGGCGUCCCGGAACCGUCCGUUUCCGGUCCGGACCGGGUUCAUUCGACGCGCAUCGGCAUUCCCGUUCGUUUAAGCCCGCUUCCGGGGGCAGGUCCGAUAGUGAAAUCCGGCGAAAAAGGCGAUUGAAUUUUCCUCAAUUUUCUCGGUGCUGCCUUCCGACGACGAGCAAGACGAAAACGAUCGACGUUCGAGCCUACAUCGAGCAUUCGCGAGACGACGUCGAUGACGGGUUUGGUUUUGGUUGCGGAGUUGUCAGAAAACGACGUCGGUGCGACGGGGGCGGUAGAAGCAAGCAGCAGCAGCAGCGGCGAUAUAAAAUUCGAGAAGCCGGAGAGAGUCGCGGCGCAUUCGACAGCGAAAAAUUGGCCGUCUUUCCGACCGAACCGAGUGUUUUUGUAUUAAAUUUUGAAGUGCGAUUUCGAGUCGAGACUCGGGGCAAAAAGUGGCAUUAAAUUUUUUGGUUUUUCGAUUCGCAAAUAAAAGUGAGAUGAACGAUUGUUACGGUUAUUUGAAAUAGUUGGAACUGUUAAGGCGGGGAUGUCCCGAUAGGCCGGGAGUGACCGGGAUACUGAUGAGUGUGAUCAUCGAAAGGAACCGGAUUGGGCCGGAGGAGAUUCGUGGUCUUUUGCAGUCGGCAAACGUCGGCCAGCAUGUGGCCGUUCGGUGUUUAUCCGCGCCGUAAAGCUACCAAGAAGAAAAACUGAGUGACCGAUCCUGUGCACAGUCGGUUGGUACGGAUCGGUGUAGUGCCUGGUGUGCGUGUUCCGGCCAGCAGUAGCCGCCGGGACUGGCCAGGACCCGUUGAUUGUCUUCGCUACGGUCUCGGUGUGUGGGCCAAAAACAAUAACCGCACGCCGCACGGUAGUCCCGUGCGAGUGUGUGACACAAAAAGAAGUAGCAUCUAUUUACACGCAAAUUGUGACGUUUCUGUUUUGUUUAUAAAUCGCGAGCUGUCCGGGCCUUUCGGUACAAGAGUAGUGUGUUUAUGUGCAUGUUUUCGCUGCUCCUCGUCGUGAGUGUAUUGCUGUUUCAAGAAAUGAAGCGUAAUUUCGCGUGCUCCGAUGCUUAAGUCAUUAUCACGAUGAUAGCAGAGACAGUGAAAUAGUGCGGGUUAAAAAAAGGAAGAAAAAACGGGACGGAGAAGUGCUAGUAGAAGUUAGAAAAAACUAAAACUGAUCAAACUCCGUAUUUUGUCCGUAUUCGAGGAGCGGAGCAAGGCGCAAGUGCACCACACCGAGUUUGGAGUUCGAUUUUUUUUUUUAGUAAACAACCAUGGGAGAUCAUAUGGAUGAACCACCGUUGAAGCGAACCAAGAUUCGGGAUGCAUCCGAAGUCAUCUCGUCGAUCGACCAGAUGUUCGACCUGGAGAGCCACCUCCCGGACGAGCUGAUGGGCGACAACACCUGGGUGGACUCGCUGAGCGGUGGCAGCAAGCCGCCCGGUCCUGGGCCGGGUCCGCAAAUGAACGGAGGCAACGACGACCCCGGAGGGACGUCCACCAUGGCCCAGCAGUUGGCACUGCGGCAGCAGCAGCAGCAACUGCACCAACAGCAGCAGCAGCAGCAGCAACAACAACAGCAGCAACAUCAACAGCAGCACCCGCAACUUCACCACAUUAUGCAGCAGCAGGGCAACAAAGGAAUGGGCGGUCAGCAGAUCCUAGGCAUGGGACCCCUUCCCAACAAGAGCCCCAACCUGCUGCCGAUGAAUCAAAGUAUGGCAAACAAUGUAGUGGUCGGCGGUAUGGGCGGUGGAACGAUGCUCGGGAUGAACAGUAUUGCGCAGAGUAACGGCGGUGGAACCAUUAUUACCAACAGUAACAUGGGCCUGAGCGGAGGGGUUAUGACUGGUGGCGGAAUUGUGAUAAACAACAACAUGAAGCAAGGUCCUGGACCGAAUCCGGCAUUGAUGCACCAAAUUCCGAAUGCGAUGCAGAACGGCCCGUUGAACAAUCCCGGCCGGAUAGGAAUGCCCGGUCAACCUGGUCAGCACAUGGCACGAGGUCCCGGUGGCCACAUGAACCAAGGCCUGCGUCAGUUGAUGCAAAACCAUAACGUAGGUGGAAUGGGAAAUCAAAUCGGUGGACCGGGAGGUCCCUUCGGUGGCUAUCAACAGCCGAAUGUUAGUGUAAUGAACGCCGGCGGAUUGGCACCGGUGCGAGGAUCUCCGCCGACCAUCAAUCGGAUGCCGAAUAUGGCCAUGGCUGGUGCUAGGAUGGGAAAUCCACUGGCAGGAAACAUGAUGCCUGGUGCGGGGAUGGGAAUGAACGUGGUUAACGAAGGUGGAGUGGCAGCGCAAGCUCAACCGCCGACUCCUUCACCGGCUCAGCCACAGUCGGGCAUCCCUACGGCUCUAAUCCGACCGCAAACUGCGGCACAGAACCAACCAAUGAAUCAAAUGAAUCCAACCGUCCCAGUCGGUGCCUCGGGAGCUCCUGGAGGUCCAUCCGGUGCUCCGCAGCCUGGUCCUUCCCAGAGUGGACCCGGGAAUCCCCUGCUAGCCGAUCCGGAAAAACGAAAACUUAUCCAGCAGCAACUGGUCUUGCUUCUGCAUGCCCACAAGUGUCAGCGGCGAGAAUCGGAGAAUCCGAACAGCAACAACUGCACGCUGGCUCAUUGCCGAACCAUGAAGGAUGUUCUCUCGCAUAUGCAAACCUGCCAGCUGGGAAAGAAUUGUCAGAAAACGCAUUGCUCCUCUUCGCGACAGAUCAUCAACCACUGGAAGAACUGCCAACGGCAGGACUGUCCGGUUUGUUUGCCUCUCAAGGAUACCAACAAGUACAAGCAGAGUCAACAACAACCCGGACAGCAACAGCAACAACAACAACAGCAGCAGCAGCAACAAAACCAGCAAAACCAACAGAACCAACUCAAGAACCAGCAAGAUUCCUCAGGACAGCCUGGCCAGCCGGGACCAUCCGGGCAGACCUCUGGGCAGCAGCAAGGUCAGCCGGGUCAAAUGCCAGGAACCUUCAACCAGCUCGGAAGCAGUCAAAUCCAGUGUCCUUCCUCAACUGCUCCGAAUGCCCUUCCCGGCAACGCUCAAAUGCCUUCGCAAGUUGGCGGUCAACCAGGAAUGCCCGCUCAACAGCAGCAACAGCAACAACAACAGCAGCAGCAGCAGCAGCAGCAAGGUCCAGGCGGGAAUCCCCAAAUGGUCGGUGGAAUGCGUAGCUUACCUUUGGGAGUGAACCAACAGCAGGCUCAAGGCGGUGCCGUGCGAAUGAUGAUUCCACCCAAUCAAAUUAUGGUGAACAACGUGCUUCCGCCGAACGCGACCAGCGAUGCUUCCAGUGUCGUUGGUCCCGGUGGACUUCCCGUUACCAGCCAAGCCCUGGGCAAUGCCAACCAAAGCGUCUCUCAAAUGGCAGCUGCCCUCCAACAGCAACAACCAAAUGCUGCUCAGUUGCAGCAACAGCAGCAGCAAAAUCAAUCUCAAAAUAUCAUUCCACUUCAAGGGGGCAACGUUCUUUUCAACCAGGACGGCCCGGGACCCAUGUCUCAACAGCAACAGCAACAGCAACAACAAGCUGGUGGAAGCUCUAACGGACCCGUAGCGGGUCCCAGUGGGAACUUUAACGCAAGUCAAAUGCUUGCCGCUCCCGUACAGGGCACCAAAGAUUGGCACCAUUCCGUUACCCCGGAUCUCCGGAACCAUCUGGUGCACAAGCUAGUUCAGGCCAUCUUUCCUUCGCCCGAUCCGUCGACAAUGUUCGACAAACGGAUGUACAAUCUGGUAGCGUACGCGAAAAAGGUAGAAGGCGACAUGUACGAAAUGGCCAACUCCCGCUCCGAGUACUACCACCUGCUGGCGGAGAAAAUCUACAAGAUUCAGAAGGAGCUGGAGGAAAAGCGGCAAAAGCGGAAAGAACAGCAAAUGCAGCAACAGCAGCGCCAAGCGCAAGAGCAACAGCAGCAGCUGUUGCAGCAACCUGGCCCUUCGAAUGCGCAGGUUCGUCCGAUGAAUGCCGCUCUGCUGGGUGGACCAAAUAUGGUGGCAAAGAUGCAGAUGCCCCUUCAAGUGGGUGCGAACAUGUUAAACCAAAACCAGAACCUCAUGCAACAGCAACAGAAUCGAAUGCCUUUGAGUGCUGGCCAACAGCAGCAGCAGCAGCAGCAACAACAUCAACAGCAACUUUUCGUAUCUCAAUCCGGACCAAGUCCGAACAGUAUGGUCCAGCAGCAGCAAAACACCGUCAUGCCGGGUGGAUUGUCCCCAUUCACUGCCCAACAACAACAACAGCAGCAGCAGCAACAGCAGGGCCUUGGAAACCAUCCCCCAGGUAUGACACCACCUUCCUCACAGCAGAAUGCAGUCCAAUUCCUGAACGGACCCUCCAUUGCCGACAGUUCGCCUAGUGGUUUACAGCAGUUCAACGACAUCAUGAAAGCCAAAUACAACGCAGGCCAAGCAGCGGCAGCAGCAGCAGCCGCUCAGCAAAGCAACGCAAUGGCCACCAGCGGAGGCGGCAUGAGUCAAACCGUAACCCCUCCGAUCCCAUCCCCCUUUAGCAAUUCAAUGCAACAGAAUACCACCUUCAACGGCAGUCAGAUGAUGAACUGUCCGAACAGCGGCAAUCAGCAGCAGCAGCAGCAGCGAAACAGCCUCGGUCAGAUGCCUUCAACUCCAACCAGCAGCGGAGACCUGCUGAACUCGUCGGGCAACAGUGUUCCCAUUCCGUCGCCAUCGCCAAGUUUGACACCGAACGGACCGGUUCCACCGCCGCCGGUGAGUACCCCGAAUACGCCGAACGUUUCGGCCCUGAUUGCGAAUGCACCGGAACCGACACCUCCGCCGACAAUCUCGUCGCCGCUUCCGAUCUCGACUCCUCCCGCCCUAGGAGUGACCACUUCCUCAGCCAUCACAUCGAUCACCAGCACUGCCUCGAGUGGACCGUCAACCACAACGACCGCCUCAGCGUCCGGAUGCAGCACGAAUACAAAUUCCGCUGCCAACGGAAACAGCACCUGCAAUAGCAGCAGCAGCAGCAGCAACAUCGGAGCCAGUUUAGUGUCUAGCAUCAGUCGAUCCACCUCGUCGGCGCUCAGUUCGCAGAUGGCUGCCCUCGAGGCGGCCGCCCGAGACCAGGACGAAGAUUCCCAGCCCGGAAUGAACGGAGGGGCGAACAACUCGGGCAGCGAAUCGAACGCCAAGGGAGGCAAGCUGGAGCUGAAGCAAGAGCAGGACAUCAAGUCGGAACCGGACACCAACCACAUGGAUACGUCGGACAGUGUUAACAUCGGGGGCGGCAAGGGCAACAGUGAUAGCUGCCCGAGCCUGAUGCAGGAGAUCAAGACUGAACCGAUGGACACCAGUGAGGGUGGCGGCGAGGGAGAUAAAAACAGCAAACUGGAUGUGAUCCAGUGCAAGGAGGAACCGAUGUCGCCGUCCAGUAUGACGACGAGCACCGCCACCGUGAAUGCGGUGGUCAAAACCGAACCAAAGGUCAUGCCGGAACCGAUCAAAUCGGAAUCGGCCGACAGCAAGAAGAAGUGCACGUUCAAACCGGAGGAACUGCGGGAGGCCUUGCUGCCGACGCUGGAGAAACUGGUUGCUCAGGAGCCGGAAUCCAUUCCGUUCCGUAUGCCGGUCGAUCCGACAACGCUCGGCAUUCCGGACUACUUCGACAUCGUGCGAAAGCCGAUGGAUCUCAGCACGAUUCGCAAGAAGCUCGACUCCGGGCAGUACUCGGAUCCGUGGGAAUACGUGGACGACGUGUGGCUCAUGUUCGACAACGCUUGGUUGUACAACCGGAAAACGUCCCGCGUCUAUCGGUACUGUACUAAGCUCUCGGAGGUGUUCGAGCAGGAAAUCGACCCGGUAAUGCAAUCGCUUGGUUACUGCUGUGGCCGAAAGUAUACCUUCAAUCCCCAGGUGUUGUGCUGCUACGGCAAGCAGCUGUGUACGAUUCCACGGGAUGCCAAAUACUACAGCUACCAAAAUCGAUACACGUACUGUCAGAAGUGCUUCAACGACAUCCCCGGCGACAUGGUGACGCUCGGCGAUGACCCGAUGCAAACGCAAACUCAAAUCAAAAAGGAUCAGUUCAAGGAGAUGAAGAACGACCACCUGGAGCUGGAACCGUUCGUCGACUGUUUGGACUGCGGUCGAAAGCAGCAUCAGAUCUGUGUGCUCUAUCUGGAGACCAUCUGGCCGGGAGGCUUCGUGUGUGAUAAUUGCCUGAAGAAGAAGGGCGCCAAGCGGAAAGAGAACAAGUUCAACGCCAAGCGGUUGCCCACCUCGAAGCUGGGCACCUACAUCGAAACCAGGGUUAAUAACUUCCUGAAAAAGAAAGAGGCUGGUGCCGGUGAGGUUCACAUACGGGUGGUUUCCAGCUCGGACAAGGUGGUCGAGGUGAAACCGGGCAUGCGAAGUCGCUUCGUCGAAAACGGCGAAAUGCUGCCGGAGUUUCCGUACCGAGCGAAGGCUCUGUUUGCGUUCGAGGAGGUGGACGGUAUCGAUGUGUGCUUCUUCGGUAUGCACGUGCAGGAGUACGGUUCGGAGUGUGCCUCGCCCAAUACGAGGCGGGUUUACAUCGCCUAUCUGGACUCGGUUCACUUUUUCCGCCCGCGACAGUACCGUACGUCGGUGUACCACGAGAUUCUGCUGGGCUACAUGGACUACGCUAAACAGCUGGGCUACACGAUGGCUCACAUUUGGGCCUGUCCGCCGUCCGAAGGGGAUGAUUACAUUUUCCACUGCCAUCCACCGGAGCAGCGCAUUCCGAAGCCCAAGCGGCUGCAGGAGUGGUACAAAAAGAUGCUCGACAAGGGUAUGGUCGAGCGGACCAUUCAGGACUACAAGGACAUCCUGAAGCAGGCGAUGGAGGACAAACUGCAGUCCGCUUCCGAGCUGCCCUACUUCGAGGGUGACUUCUGGCCGAACGUGCUGGAAGAGAGCAUCAAAGAGCUGGACCAAGAGGAGGAGGAAAAGCGCAAACAGGCGGAACGUGAGGAGGCGGCAGCUAAUGCGAUUAUGUCGAUGAACGACGACAGCGAUACCGGCACGGACGGGAAAAAGAAGGGCGGCCAGAAGAAGGCUAAAAAGUCCAACAAAUCGAAGGCAGCCCAGCGAAAGAACAACAAAAAAUCCAACGAACAGAUCGGUAACGAUCUGAGCGCCAAGAUCUUCGCCACCAUGGAGAAGCACAAGGAGGUGUUCUUCGUGAUUCGAUUACACUCGGCCCAAUCGGCGGCCAGCCUGGCGCCGAUACAAGAUCCGGAUCCGCUCAUCAACUGUGAUCUGAUGGACGGUCGGGAUGCCUUCCUGACGAUGGCCCGCGACAAGCACUACGAGUUUUCGUCGCUGCGACGGGCGCAGUUCAGUUCCCUGUGCAUGUUGUACGAGCUGCACAACCAGGGCCAGGACAAGUUUGUCUACACUUGCAACAAUUGCAAGAACCAUGUGGAAACUCGUUAUCAUUGCACGGUUUGUGACGACUUCGAUCUGUGCAUUCAGUGCAAGGAGAAGGUUGGUCAUCCACACAAAAUGGACAAACUCGGGUUCGACAUCGACGACGGUUCGUCACCGACGGACAUCAAGCAUACCAAUCCGCAGGAAGCCCGCAAGCAGUCGAUCCAACGGUGCAUCCAAUCGUUGGUGCACGCGUGCCAGUGUCGGGACGCGAACUGCCGCCUGCCGAGCUGUACGAAGAUGAAGCGAGUGGUUCAGCACACGAAACACUGCAAGCGGAAGACGCACGGCGGUUGUCCGAUCUGCAAGCAGCUGAUUGCCCUGUGCUGCUACCAUGCCAAGCACUGCCAGGAGGCCAAGUGCCCGGUGCCGUUCUGUCCGAACAUCAAGCACAAGCUGAAGCAGCAGCAGCUACAGCAAAGGCUACAACAGCAGCAACUGCUGCGAAGAAGAAUGGCCGUAAUGAACACAACCAGAGUGCCGACGUCCAUGCCAACGGCGUCCAGUGCUGCCGUACCGCCAAGCUCUACCGGCGGUCUCAGCCCGGGUGGUCCGAACAACAUGGGCGGUGCGGCCGGAGGAGUCGGUGGCGUAGUUGGCGGAAUGGGUCCCACCGGUGGAAUGGUGGGUGGUCCCGGUUCAGUAGGAUCCGUUGGUGCUGGCGCUGGCGGUGGCGGCAUGAUGGGACCGGGUGGUGGAGCUGGCGUCCUAGGAGCUCCGGGUGGCAUGAGUCCUUCUGCGGCGCCCAGCCCGGUGUCGCAAAUCGGCGGCAUGGGUAGUCCACAUCCGCCUGGACUUGGUAUCAAGCAGGAGGUACAACCACCACCACCGAAUGUGAUGCAAGCAUUGAAACAGGUGCAGGAGGAAGCCGCCCGGCAGCAGGCUCCUCACGGAAGCUUCGGUAAGGUGAAUCCAGGUGGCGGACCAAUGCCGCCACCGGUAAUGCAACGAACCUUAGCCGGCGCUGCUCACAUGGGUGGCGUUGGCGGUGUCGGAGGCGUUGCCGGAAUGGGUGGCCCUAGCCAGCAGCAAGCGGGCGGAGUCGGAGGUGUCCCCAUCGGAGCCGGUGGUCCGGUCGGUGCAGCCGGUCAGAAUGUUAUGACACAGAUGGAUCAGUGGGGCAAUCCACGCUAUCCGAACACCGGCGGUCAGCAGAAUCCGCAAGCUAUGCGACCAAAUUUACCGGGCAUGAUGCCACAAGGUCAACAGCAACCACAACAACCGAACCCAAUGCAAGGCAGCAUGAUGGGCGUCGGCGUUGCUGGCCAAGGUGGUAUGAUGGGUGGAAUGCGGCCCGGUCCGGGAGGCGUUUGCAUACAGGGUCCCGGCGGUAUGGUGGGUAACCCUCAGCAGGUGGUCGGACAAGGUCAACCAUCGCAGGGUCUACCGACGAAUCAACCGAAGGCAGCAAUUGCCCAACUGAUGGCAACACUUAAAAAUCCUCAAUCCGGACCAGAACAGCAGCAGCAGCUGCUGUCGAUACUGAAAGCGAAUCCCCAGUUGAUGGCAGCAUUUAUUAAGCAGCGACAGGCGUCGCAGAAUCAACAGAAUCAAAACCAAGGCAUGCCUCAGCAGCAACAACAGCAGCAGCAGCAGCAACCGCAUAAUGUGAUGCAGCAUGCCGGUGCCGGCGGUGUGCAAGGACAGCAGCAAGGUCCCGGUGGAAUGGGAUACAAUCCGGCUGUCGCUGGAGGCCCGAUGGCACCGAAUCGGUUGCAGGGUAGCGUCCAGGGAAUGGCCGGAGGUGGAAAGCCGGGAGGCAACCCACAGAUGCAACUGCCGAUACAGCAGCAAAUGUGGUACAAACAACAGCAGCAGCAGCAGCAACAACAGCAACAGCAGAUGAUGCUCCAGCGGCAGCUGGCGAUGACCGGCGGAAAUAUGCAACCGGCACCGCCCUACCAGCAGAGGCCGCGGCCCCAGCAGCAGAUGGGCGGAGUCGGGGGCUACGGACAGGGUGCAAUGUUUCCCGAUCAGCAGCAGUACAUGCAGCAGGGGCUGAAACCGAACCCCCAGCAGCAGGGUGGCGGCGUCGGUGUAAAUGUCCUCUCGCAACAGCUCCAGCAAGGUCCCGGGGGCCCUGGUGGACCGGGCGGCGUAAUGGGUCCUCCCACGCCGCAGCAUGCAAUGCAGCAGCAGCUGAUGCAGAGCGUCCGUUCGCCACCUCCCAUCCGAUCGCCUCAGCCACAGCCCUCGCCCCGGUCACAGCCCUCCGCUUCGCCGAGGGCGCAACCGUCACCUCAUCACCUGCCUUCUCACUCGCCGGUACCGACCGGAGGCCCUGGCAGCGAAAUGCACAACCACAUGCAUCCGCACCAGUCGCCGGUCGGCGUCGGCGUCGGUCCCGGUGCCGGUGGACCCGGCGAUCCCAACCAAAUGGGCGGCGGCGGUCCGGGAGGUCCUAACGAUACCAGUCCACUAACCGCUCAGGAUCAGCUCACCAAAUUCGUGGAGCAAUUGUAGUAGUAUCAUGUGUUGUACUAGGAAGCAGCAGCAUACCACCACCAAACCCCCCCUCCCUUCUGACUCUGUGAGACAGCAACGAACGAGGGAAGCAAGCAACAAACCACAGCCUUAUUACUCGAUAUAAUAUCCUCUUAAUACCAACCAAGGUAACACAGACACAAUCAUUGAUCAAGCGAAAAAAGCAAAAACGGUAUGUAAAUAGACAUAUAUUAUAAACAUUCGUUGUAAAUAAUAGGACAGUAUCCGAUGUUCGUAAAUAGGGUAAAAAUUCAGUAAAAAAAAAUGCAGGCAACUGAUAAUGUUGAUUGUUAUAGGACACUUGGGUGAUUAAGAAAACUCAAGAAAAGCUGCAAAAUACCACACGACUUCCUUUUGUUUAAUAGUUAGCUUUUUUUAAAUUCCAGAUAAUAACUUUAUUAUGAUAGGUCCUUUUGAGUGUGCGUGUUUUUAGGGUUAUAGUCUAAUUUUUUACUUAAAAAAAUACCAGGAUAUCAACGCCAGGGUCACACACAGUAGAGCCGACCAUAAAGUUACAAGUAUUUAUUAAUCACACAUUCACAUGCAAAAAAAAGGAAACCCGCAGCAGCAGAAAACAUUCACCCUCUUUACACACGAAAACACACACACACACACACUCGUACACGUAUAGAUCGGUAGAAAAUGAAAUAUAAUUGUAAGUGAUAUCAUCAUGUAUAUAGAAAGAAUGGAAGGAAAAAAAUGAAAUAUUACAACAAAAAAAAAAACAUUUAAAAUUUAAACCUAGCGUGUAAGUUUGCUGAACUAUCGCUGAACCCUUCUCAAAUGCACAUGUCACACUCAUCUCCCCCUGCGAGAAAGUGAGAGUGAGAGAUCGACCCCAACGUGCGUUGAUUCUCGCUCGUUUACUUCUCAACAACAACAAGCACCACCACCAUCAUGCGCGCUAGUAAGUUAGUUAGGUCGUUAGUUAGUUAGUUAGUUAGUUAGCUAGUUAGUUAGCUAGUUAGGAGCUAAAAUGUGUGCGUGUGUGUGUCAGCGCCUUGCUUGCCACACACAAGCACAAACACGUGAGAAACAAGUAAUAAUUCUUUAUAAAAGAAAAACAAAACUAAAGUAAAAAGUAAAAAAAUCAAGGAUGAGAGAAAAAAAUGAAGAAAAUCACACAAAAAAAACACACUAAUGAGGUUUUUGAAAAGGUAGGCAACUCGGGGAAACACUGUUUCCGCAGGCUAGGUAGUUUAAAGGUAGCAAACAGCAGCAAGUCAGUCUCUAGUAUUGAUGAUUUAACCAAUUGUGGAGCGGAAAGAAAAGCGAACAGCGGUUUUUCGUUCAGUGUUGCGUUUUUGCGGCUUCUUCCUCUGUUAUUUUGUUAAGUUUAGAUAAUUAUUUUAAUUUUUUUUGUUUUUCAUUGCUUUUAUGUUACGUGCUAAUGAUAGUAGGAAUCGAGGAAUAAUGCAUUUGCUUUUUAUAUUCGACGGUAUUCGGUUUGCUUUCCGUUCGUUUUUUUUUUUGGUUUACAUAUUUAUGGAACGUUUUCCCCUUUUUUUGGGGGUCGCCCGCUCGCGGGAGGUGUGUGGAGAAGGAGCACGGUCAGUUGGGAAAUUUGGUUGAACUUGUUUGAACAGCUUUAGCAGUAAAUUUUUCAAAUGUAAAAUUUAAAAAUUAAACGAAACUUGUUGGUCGAUUUUUCCCAGUGUGGGGCAUUUACUUUCGUGCAGUUUCGAAAGAAGUGCAAAAUCUCCGGAGGCGAUCAUAGUAUGCCAUGAAGUUGACUGGACCUUUCAUAAUGUUCGAGUCGUUCGUUACUAGGGGAACACAUUUUAUUUAUUCUAUCAGAUUUUUUCUGCUGCACUUCUGUGAAAAGUUUUCUUUUAUUAAGUGAAAAAGUGAAAUUCGAAGAAUUUAUAAUACUAAUAAAGCGUGAUUUAACCGAUUGCUGUAACUUUUGGUUUAAGGUAAAGUUUUGGAUUAUAAUUAAUUGGUCGAUAUUAAUUUGGGUUCAGCAAAAAGCAAAUAGUAAAAUUUUCGCUUCACUUUACUAAAUUUUUGUAAUUAGGAAAAUUUGCUGAAAAUAACAGUUCCUUGCUAAUUUAAGUAGAUAAAAAUGGUAAAGUUGAGUAUAGAAAAUGAAAUUUUCUAACAAAAAUAUGAAAGGUUGCUUGACUUUAUUACCUGACAAAAUUUGGAAACAUAACCUAUAAUUACGCUACCGGAUUCAACGAGGUCCAACCAACUUUCCGACAAAGUUUAUAAAAAAACCCCGCCUGUGGAUAGAAAGUGGGAAUGUGAGAAUUUUGACUGGUCCAAAUUAAGCCUUUUUAGGACACUGCCUUUCUUAAGAAAAAAAAAGAAAAAAGAAUGCAAUAGGCUGUGCUUCGGUUUGUUCUUCUUCUCGUGUGCCGGAAGGCCACGUGGACGUGGACGCGUGAAUGUGGGUGGUUAGUACUAGCAUUAGUAGUAGUCGUGCGUCGCGGUAGAAUCAGUAAUAAACAAUUAUACUAGAAGUAGAAAAUAAAUAUCAAAUACAUAGUUGUAGGCAGGAGGCAGUGUGGUUCCAAGGCGGGUCCCACAAAAUGCUCUACACCCAUCCUCCGAGGAGCCCCCCGUCCGUAGUGCUUGGUACGCGUGACUUAAACUAUUCGAUCGAUCUAACUAAAACAAAAACCAUAAAAAAUUGUAUAAAACAAUCAUUGUACAUAUGAAAAUUGUUCAACUUUUUUUUCUCUCAUAAUUUUGUGUCGGUUCGAAAACUAACCUCAAAAUUAUAUAGUUAAUUUUUUUUUUGCUAUAAACGAAAGUAGAAAAUUUAAAAGAUCUCCAGCAGAUGAUGGGCGAAAGUUCGUUUGCAAAAACAACGCAAAGUGAUGAACUCUGAUAACUUAAGCGUGGCAUGUUUCUUUGUUUUCUUUUUUCUCCCGUAUCGCCGCCCCUUCUAACCGGCGAGAAAGCGAUAGCGGAGAACGGAGUUGCACGGGACACAGAAUCUCAACCGGAUGACCACAUCCGUUCAUGCAUUAAAGCUUCAUUUCGGCCCCAACGGUUCGGCGGACUUCCCCCAACGGAACCGGGAAGUGGCUUUCCCGGGGAUGUUCGGGAUUCGGUUUGAUCGGUCGGCGGGAGUCGGUAGUUGGUGGUGGCAAAUCGCACGCACCAGUGCGGCUCAGGAACCGAUGAUAAAACGUGUAAAGAAAAAAUCGAGUCAAACAAACACACACACACACAAGGACACGUCCGUGAAACGUGAAGAUUAGGAAAUCCGUCUAAGAGACGCAUUCUCCCUCCCACUAACUACCCCGUACGGAUUUAGUUUACGUUUAGUGGGCAAAGGAAAAAUAUAUCAAAAAAGUAUAGUGUAAAAACAAACAAAGGAAUAUAUUCCCCACUCGGGGUGGGGAAAACAAAAUAUAAACAAAGCUAAAGCAAACUUGUCUAAAGUAUUAAUAUAUUUAAUUAGCUUUUUAGUUAAGGAUGAAGUGGAACGCCCGGCCGGCUUCCGCUCUAGUGCAAAUCGAUGUUCAUACCAAGUAUAUAUACUAAACGCAAAAAAAAAAUUACACGGUUUUUCGUUUCCUCACAGAGACGGUAUAGUAACGAAAACCGAACCAGAAAUACAUCGGGGGAGGGGGCAAGCAACCCUGCAGAGAACUCUGAUCGGUCGACCCCGGUGUUGGUGCUGCUGCUGCGCCAUCGUGGUGACCAUCAGUUCGGCGGGUGCGAACCAAACGAACUUCUUGUAUCAUGUACAUAUGAACAUAUAAAUAUUCCAAGAAUAUUGUCUAAUUAUUAUGCAAAUUGUAGACGGAAAUGAUUGAAUGUGGAAAUACAUAAAAGAAUUUUUUUUAUCAGAACGCACUGGUAUGGUGAAACCGCAUAGUUAAUGAAAUCAACAAAGAAAGCAAACAAAGUUGUAACUGUUAAGGGUGAAUCUUUCAUAUUUGAUAGGAAAUGGAAAUUAUGGAAACGGAGGAGGAAACGGAAUAGAAUGAACAAAACACAUACUCUAGGAAUUCUAGGAAGAAAGUGCAACCAGGAUAUUUUUAACAAAGUGAAAAACCCUAAGGCAACAAAGAAAUUGUACAGAAAGAGGAGCAACCGUUUGUAGCAGUAGUUGUACUGAAAGGCCGAAACAGCAGUUACUAAAAUUCGUGUUUUGUCUUUAAUUUAUUCUAGAUUGUUAAGGCAGGUGGAAACAACCCAGCCAGAGAAAAAGAAAACGAUAAAAAUAAGAACAAAAAAAUCAUCAAAAUACACAUUAUACGAUUAUACGAGUUAACUGUUAAGCUAUUGCUAAGAUGUAAAGAAAACGAACCAUUUUUUUACUUGAAAAAGAAGAACUAAAAAAAAGCGACAAACCCGGGACGGGGGCAAAGCAGGCCAUGCUGUUCCUCCCGUCCUGUGGAAAAAGUCUAAGCGUAAAAGAAAAAAAAAGUGUAACACGAAAGCACGCACUCACACAAAAACACACACAACAACAAAUCCCCCUUCUCCCCAUUACAAACAGCACACGCUGCCAUUGACUGGUGUCACCAGUCCAGUUGGCUCAUGCGAAAUGAAUGUAUAAUUUAUUUUAAGCACCUCUCACAUACAUCCAUUCAAAUACACCACCACAUCUUUGCUAAAGAAAGGAAAAACGAAACGCGGUUCUCCUUGCGGUGUAGAAACCAAGAAAAGUAAAAAUAGUAAAACAAGUGAACAACAACAACAACAACAUAAACAUAAUAGUAGUGGUUAUAGACACGCAGUGUGCUGCUAAAAAAGAAACAAGCCGAAACUUCUAAACAACAACAACCAAUUACACAGUAGCGUGUGUGAUGACUCCCUUCUUUUUAAUCAACAACAACAACAACACAAACAGAAACGGAAAAAACAGUAAAGACGGUUAGCGGAGUGUUUAAAGUGAAAGAAAAUAGGCGAAAGAAAACAAUAGGAAGUGUAAUACUAAUUAUAAUUAUGAUUAUUAUUGAAGGCAAGCAUACCUAUUCAUUAUUGAUAUAAAAAGAAAGAAGAAGAAAAACAAAAUAAACACAAGAAUGCGAAUGCGCGAACGGAAGGAAAAAUCAUGCUGAAACAAACAGAAAAGAAAUAAAAAGUCGCAGAAAAAAAAACUAUAUUUGAAUGUAUAAAGUAAACU